AUGAAUGCUACUAAUCAAUUCUACGCAAUACUAACGAUCAAGCAAUUUAUGCUGAGCUUAAACUCGGCUAAGCACAUCUCAAGAAAGGAAAGCCUAAGGUGGAGGCAUAAGCAUGUCCUCACCUUGAGGUUCGAUUGGCGGAGGAGAAGUAGUGCGGACGUAACGGCGAUGCCCACAACCAUGACAGCGUCGGCGGCGGCACAUGCAUCCUCGGAGAAGUCGGAGGAGAGGAGACUUCGUCUUGCUGCGGUGAAGUCGGCGGAGAAGACAUGGCGUGAAAGUUCCUCGGAGAAGAAGAAGAGAACUCUUAGGGAGAGAAAGAGAGAAUAG